AUGAAUAUGUUCGUUGCCGUGGAUGAAGGAGGGGCACUUGAGAAUUGCAGAAAGGCCGCUGCCGAUGCGGCGGGAAGUCUCGCUAGACCCUCCGUCUAUUUGGCCGACCAUAAAGUCAACAACACACGAUCUGGAGCCCAUGAUCAAGCCCCGCCUGAAGAUAAAUCAACCGAUAAUCCCGGCAAUGCCUCCCAGGUUCAGGAGAGACAAACCCCUGUUCAAGUGAUCUCAGUCGGACUUGCGGAAGAAUCGGAUUCUUUCACACCUGAGUUCAGCAAUGCUUUUGUGGCUACCACGACCGACUCGCGACAUAUCAACAUCACUACGAUGGCACCGAGAGCCUUGCACUUCCCAGUCAUCGGUCGUGCGAGGCACCCAUCGCCUCAGUCACAGUCUGAGUUACAGGUCGCGGGUCCCGCCUCCCCAAGCCUCAGCAGGACGCUCAACUCUUCUACCUCAGAAACAUCAAGCUCUGGCUGGACCGAGGAUGGCCGAGAGCGAGACGUGAACCUGGUCGUUUCUCUGUCGUGCUAUACCUUGCUUUGGACAUUCCUGAAGUUGGUGACAGCACCUUCCGAGUCUGGUCAGCAGCCCAGGGACGGGCCGAAUCACACGAAAGAUGUCCUUGGACACAAGUCAUCAUCUCGGAAUAGUCGAGUGAGUGGAAAGAAAAGGCAAGAUACUUCCGAAGAUGAAUUGGACGACGAGGACGGUGAGAGAGGCGCAAAACGCAAGCGAGUAGAUGCCACAUGUGCAGACGAGCAUGAUAUCCGACCACUUGCGUGCCCCUUCAACAAGUAUGACAACGUGUUGUUUGGGCCAGAAUCGGCAGACGAAGCAUAUCAUUGCUGUGCUACUUCCAGCUUCAUGAAUAUCGCACGUCUAAAGCGCGAUUUCUCUUCGCAGGCCAUGGUCGCAGCCCAUUUGCGCGAAACCCCGAUGUGCCCCGUCCUUGAACCACCGCUCUUUGUGGAGAAGAUCAGUAAGGACUUGGCCGAGGAGCUCGGGCUCGAUCGCAAAAACUCCCCGCGCACGGACAGGAUUGCAUACUGGCACAAGAUUUAUGACACUUUCUUCCCCGGUGCUGCUAAGGAACGUCCGGUCAGUCCCUAUUACGAAGGACCUGCGGCAGAGCAUCUCCGCCAAUUUCUUCUGUUCUCAGAGAGAGCUUUAGGACAACUGAUACCAGCUGUCCAGGAGCGAACAGGUCUUCUGACACAUUUGACCCCUGGCGGCCAAGAGCGGCUACUUCAAGAAGUUCAACAGGAGGCAGCUCCCAUCUCCGAAGUAUUACGGACCCGCAGCAGUGCCCAAAAUCUAGAUCCAUCGAUGAAUGUCGUCGAAGCACCAUCUCUGCUGGCCAGUACCUCUCUAGAGACAAUCGAGAGAAACGUACAUCAAGCAUCUCCGAGCGAUAUUGCUGCUGGCGUGGACGCGGCUCUACAUACCUUGCCCCGAAAUCUUCCAGGUUCGCACGUCGAUAUUGGAUACGCUCCGCGCACUUUACAGGUUCAAGAAAGUCGCCUUGAUCCACAGAGCAUCGAUGCAUUGUUUGAACCGUUGCUUGCAGGUGAUUUGUUUCGUGCAGCGGUUGGUGGCCCCCAAGACUUUGGACAUGAUUCUUCGCAAAUCCAUUUUUCCUACCCCGGACAGUUUGGUGAUGUUGUGUAUUUCCCAGAAGGCCAGGUUGAAGAAUGA